AUGUAUCAGAACAUCACAUACCAGGACUGGCACUGGGUCAAGGGGGCACAAACACAGAGCAAACACAGCGUGUGGCGGUGCUGGUGGUUUGUGCAAUCAUGCCCCGAUUUGCCAAGUUGCAGCACGGACUUUCCCGGACAGAAGCAAGAAGGCAGAGUAGGAACCAACGGAGCCCGAGUUACAGACAGCGAAAGAUGGUUUAUUGUACACGGGUCACACUUGGGCAGUGACAACAGCGAGUCCGGGACGCGGCAGCCAGCGGGAGUCGGGGCUGGAGGUUGGAGGAAGGCUGCAGUCCCGGGUGUCCGGAGGCGGCAUCUCGGCGAGCACACGGCGAGGUUCAGGUCCACGCAGUCUCAACCGGCGGCAGCGCAGCACCGACAGCUUGCUUGCAGCGGCCCCCGGCAUCCUCCCCUCCCGCGGGCUCGCGGGCGGCCUCCCCGCCGGCUCACUUGGACCUCUGCCGCAUCUUUCUUCUCUUGCGCUUCAGCCUGCGCAUUCGCUUCUUCCUCCACUUGGCUCUCAUGGCGCAGGGGUCCCAAGGAAGAUGGCGCUAAGGCCGAGACUCAAGGAAUGUUUCUAAUCCCAGCACUGGGGAGGUAGGGACGGCAGGGUCAC